CCAUUUCUGCUGCCAUCUUUUGCCUGUCGAAAUGCGCAGAAGUCUGGGAGCCACUCAUAUCGCGUCAUAGUGAAAUACGUCUAUACUCUUACUAUCAAGCUACCAUUAUGGACUCUUCUAUCUACCAUUAUGAAUUAUUUAAUUCCGUACAAAUAACCAAACAAAUGUAACUCUAAAAACCAUCAGCAGAAACCCAAGGGGGUGCCGAAUAAUUCAGGGGUGCCGAAUAUUUCACUACAAAUGUGGAUUUAACCUUUUUUCCACUUUUACCAGGAACACUAUCAAAAAUGUCGGCAGUUGGAAGUGAUGCUGCUUUUAUGUUAGAAAGGGCUCUGGAGGAAAUGGAUGAUAUUUUCAAAGAUAAUGGGGAACCUACAACUUUCGUUCAAAGUACCCCAGAAACUAAAAAGAGGAAAGGCAAAACUUUAUUAGAAGUUAAAAAGUUACUUGAUGACAUCGAGUUUACUUUGUCUAGCCAAGUUUUAGAUGUACAAGAAGAAGAGUUAAAUAUAGAGGAGAAAAGGUUAUUAACAGAGCACUUUAAAUCACUUAGUUUUUUAUCCUCCUUAUUUCAAGAAUGUACUAAACCAUACAAUGCAAACAAUAUCAUGUUUCACUCAACUGGUCCUGAAGAAAAACUGCAUAAACUGGAACAAGAACGCAUUGAAUCGCACAAGCAAGUGGGUAAAUUGCAUGAACAAUUAAUGCAUACAGAAGCAGAUUUGGAAAAGACAAAGAAAACAUUAACAGAGUAUGCAAGAAAAAAUGAAGAACUUUUAAUACGAAUUACAGAAUAUAGAAUUGCGGACCAAAAAAUGUUAGAGGAGUGUCUUUUCACAAUUUCACCAAUUUGCUGCAUUAUGAAAUGGCUAUCAUAUCCUCUCAAAUUAUGGAAUGUAACUGGAACUUUAUUGAUAAAUCACAAUCAGCUGUUAUUGCCAGAUGAAGAAGAUGACGAGAUGGACAAAUUAAAGACACACAUUGGUACGCUUAUAGAUAAGGAAGAAAAAAGAAACUCUGAAGGAGCUGAUGGUUUGACUGGUCUCAAAUCAAGAUUAAGAGAAAAAGCUUCUGAAUGUAAUCGAUUGAAGUUACAACUAGAAGACAUGAAACAAAUCAUAGAAACAAAAGACAAUUCAAUAGUUAAAAUGCAAGAACAAAUACAACGGUUAUUUGAGGAAAAUGAAAUUCUUCGAUCACAGUUAGCUAAUGUAACCUCUUUACAUUCUAAUGGCCCACUUUUACACUCACCUGAUAUAGUUUCAAAUUGUUCACUAUCUCGUGGAGGUCCGGAAUCUGUUCACUCAUCAACCUCAGCUAGUAAAUCAGAAUUAAAGUCAAAAGAUUUGUUUCAAAUAAAAAGUUUAAAAAGUGCAAGUGAGCCAAACUUAAUUGAAAAUCGAUUGACUAUUGGUUUAAUUUCUACACCUAGCUCAGUUAAUGGCGAUGAUGCAUUAUACAGACCAUUCAAAAGAAUGAUAAGCGAGUCUCCGUUUGUAACUUGGACGAGUGAUCAAGUGCAAGAUUGGCUCCGUGAUGAAGGCCUUGAGGAGUAUGUUAACGCAUGUGCAAAAUGUGUACGUAGAGGUGAAGAGUUACUGAAGUUCACAUACGCAGAAUAUGAAAGAGAUCUUGGUAUAACCGAUCCAUUAAUUAAGAAGAAACUUAACUUGGCUUUAAAGGCAGUGACGUCAAACGGCCCUGAUUAUGCAGGUCGCUUAGAUCAUCACUGGGUAGCCAGAUGGUUAGAAGACCUAGGAUUACCACAGUACAAGAUGAACUUCUUGCUGCACAAAAUAGACGGUCGCGUACUUAUAAAUAUGAAUGUGGAUGAUAUUUUGCAGUUAAAAGUUUACAGUUUACUUCAUCAUACCAGCUUGAAAAGAGCUAUUCAAUUUUUAAGACAUCAAAAAUUUCAUCCACAGUUUUUACGAGAAAUAGCAAACCAGUCUGAAGAACGUUGCGACCACGUCAUGUUGUGGACUUGUCAGAGGAUUGUUCAUUGGUUGCGUUCAGUUGAUUUAGCUGAAUACGCUCCCAAUCUGAGAGGGAGUGGAGUUCAUGGCGCUUUAAUGGUGUUAGAGCCUCGUUUUAAUGCUGAAACGUUAGCUAACUUACUGUCUAUUCCGGCCAACAAAACACUUCUUCGUCGCCAUGUUAACACGCAAUUUUCGACGUUACUCGGUGAUGCUUGUCAGCGACAGAAAGAGAUGACGGCGAAAACGUCGGAUUUUGUACCGCUAAACGGUUCUGAAAAGCAUAAGUUGCGAAAAAAGGGUUUGUCAUUUGGCACAUUGAGACGAAGAAAAUCCGAGACAGAUUUAGAGUCGUUAAUAUGUCCGAUGGAACUUGAUGUGUCUAACAUAUACUCCCCGCCGCCUGCUUUGGAUCCGGAAAUAAUUUUUGACUUAUCUGAAUCGACGUCGUUAUCCCCUUCAUUUACAAACGAUUGUGGGAGUGAAUCAACAAACGAUACAAGUGCUGCACCACGCAUAGCAGAACUAUCUCAAGAAAUUGAUCAAAUGACGGUGUUCGAGCAACAUGGCUGAAACACAGACAACAAGGACUUGUUUAAUGUGGAGGAGCAUUUUGAUGAAGAGACGCUUAUUAAAUACUACUAUAACAAAGGUCUAAAACUGUACCUUGAGUUACUGAACUUUCUGAAAAAGCAUCAUGGAAUUGUGAUGAGCUAUAGAUCUCUUUUACAACGUUUAAAGUGUUAUAAAUCACAGAAGACAAAAAAAUGUGAACCUUCAUUUAGUGCAAGUAAGAAUAAAAUAAAUAAUUAAUGCAGGUUAUCGGACUAUUUGGUAUACUUUACAGCUUAUGGGGAUGGGAGUACCCAGGUUAAUUGUGCAACGCAUUUUAAAAGAUCCGGAUCCUGUUGGUCCAUCAAAUCGAAGAGGACAUAGGCUUUGAAAAAGAAUGUAUGUGAACCCCGGGCCUAAUAUUUCUGGCACAUUGACGGCUACGAUAAACUUAAGCCUUGAGGUUUCCCAAUUUACGGGGCCAUAGAUGGAUUCAGCUGCAAAAUAAUUUGGCUAAAAUCAGCUCGUUCCAACAAUGCGCAGGGCAAUAUUGCUUGCUAUUACUUACAAGCAGUUAUUUUAAUAGAUGGUUGUCCAAUCGAGCUCAUUACUGACCUAGGUACAGAAAACAGUUUAGUUGCACUAAUUCAUGCUUAAUUCAGAGAUGAGCCAGCACGCAUCGAUAUGUGUCCUCCCCACGAAACUAUCUUGGUGGUGAAAUUUCUUUAAGGAUCACGAAGCGUCUGGAAGAAUAGACACAGCGUCGCAUAUAAAAAUGGAAGCAUUGUGGUUUUCUUUCUCAGAAGUUCUACAAAAAGAUUUAGACCACAUCAAAGAUUUUGGGAACACUCUUAGGAUCAGAAAAUCGCGACAUCAAACUGCUUCUUGGCGUCAGGAUUCGCUGUAUUGCCUAAAGAACACAGUAGCAGGGAUUACAAGCAUGAAGUUAGACAAGACGUUCUAGAAGAUGUUUCACGGCAUGUUGUGGUGAACGAUUAUUCCAAAUGCAUUGGAAUUUUAUGAUAAAUUAGAAUCUUUAUGCGAGGACUAUUACGAUAUUAAUUUUGGUGGAUUACAACUUUAUGAAAUCCCUGGUUUUUAGAGUUUACAUGACAAAGGGGUACUUAAAGAAGAAAACCUAUAAUUUUUGUCUUUUAAACAUAGCAAAAGCUCAAACUUUCAUAAGAUGUGUUACGGUUAGUAAAUAAGGCGGAAUUGCGAACUGGAUAUAUUUUCCGCCUAAAACAAAAUUACAAAAUUGCUAUACAAAAAACCCACAGAAGACAACAGUUACACACAAGGAAAAGAACACGUAAACAAAAAUAAAUAAACCAACGCCUAAGUCUAUCGGCAACAGACAAUAUAACAAAUUAAACAAAUAUAUCUUACUAGCAAUAUUUUUAUCGUAAUUGGCAGACAGUAACAACUAUAAAAUUCUUGAAUCUUUCCAACUCUUUCUGUCCUCUUUUACAACACAGAAACAGAGAAAAUUCUUAACCUCGAUCUCUCCGUAGGCUUCCUUUAGCACACUGGCCAUACAAAAAAAAGUAACUUAAACACAGCAAAAAUUACUAAAACGCCCCUAGAGGCUCAACGGACCAUAUAAAAAAUGUUUGCAUAAUUAGCAUAAUAAAUGUGAUAAUCUCGAGACACGUACAACUGGCUCCUCCAAGAAUGUAUCAUUCUUGAACAUCUGGCUCCUCGUCGGGUACUCGAACUUCCUCAGCCUCGACCAACGCCACUAAUUUGUGUAUUGGACGCUUGAAGCACCUUCCAUUAACGAAUACGAUUACCUUUCGUACUAUUAAGUAAUUCUUGCCAUUGGCCAUUCCCAACGACUUGAUUCAUCUUUUAAUAGGACAAUAUCUUCAACAUGGAAGUUACGUUUUUUCUUGAUCCACUUUUGUCGUGGUUGUAAAGAGCAUAAAAACUCCUUUCUCCAACGAUCCCAAAACUCGUUGGCAAUAUGUUGUACCCUUCUCCAUUGUCUUCUACUGUAAACAUCAGCGUUGGAAAAGGAUUCUGGCGGCAGCAUGAUAACUUUAGUUUUCUGUGUUAACAACAUUGAGGGAGAUAUCGGUUGAAGACUGUUAACGUCGCUGACAGUUUCGAUUGUUAGUGAUUCAUCGUUUAGGGAUUAGCCGUGUGUCUUCAACAAUGAAGACAGAAUCGCUUGAGCAGAUCUGAUUUGUCUCUCCCAAACACCCAUAUGCAUGGAUGUCUGAGGAUUGAAUUUCCACUUCGUCCAGUCCGUUCCAAGUGUAGAGAGAAAUUGCUUGAUCCGGUUAAGAUCCAUUUCCCGAAAACCCUUUUCCAAUUCCGUCUUUGUUCCUACGAAAUUCAUCCCAUUAUCUAAUCUGAUCGUUCUAACAUUUCCUCGACAACAAAUAAAUCUUCUUAGCGCAAGUAUGAAUGUGUCUGUCUCCAAUGAAGAUGUCACUUCUAUGUGUAUCGCGCGACUAUUUAAGCACGUGAACAUAGCUCCGUAACUCUUUAAAUUUUUCUCUUGUCUUUCACCGUGAACGGUCCAAACAUGUCCACUCCAUAGUACGGAAAAGGGGGUGCAUCACGCAAUCUAUCAUUUGGGAGAUCUCCCAUGAGCUGUUGUUGAAGUCUACCUCUUAACUUGUGACAUGUCACACAUUUGCUGAUGAUAGACUGCACGGCGGAAUUGGCAUUAACAACCCAAAAAUCUCGACUUCUUAACUAAUUUAACGUCAACCCUCUUCCACUAUGGACUAAUGUGAUAUGAACCCAUUAAAUGACAAGGUUCGAUAUCUUUUCACCUUUUGGCAAUAUUAUGGGGUGAACGAUUUCAACAUCGAACGCAGAUCUUUUUAUUCUUCCUCCAACACGAAUGAUGCCGUCGGGAUCGAUGAAAGAAUUGAAACUGCAGAGGGAACUAUUUAAUUUUACUUCCCCAUCGUUCUUCAUAUUCCUCAACGACUCAAUUUCUUCCAAGAAAACCUUUCUUUGCAAUAACUUUAUUAUUUCCAUUCCAGCUUUCUUGAUUGACUGCACAUCUAACAUUGAAUACCUUGUUUCUUUGCCAUUAAUGUUAUUCACAGAAGCGACAUGAUUCUUUCUGUCAACCUUUUCUUUGAUUUUAGCAAUGUAUUUAAGCACGUAUGCAACGAUUCGUUUCAUCUUUACCCAGGACGAGACUCGAUUUUCUAACACGUCUAAAGUAUUUGUCGUUUUCUUUAUUCUGCAACGUUGACUGCGUAUUCAUAUUUUAGCGUCGCCUUCACACACCGUGAAGUUCAGAUUAUCAGCUUUCCAUGACGAAUAGGGUGACCACAAAAAUUCCGGUCCUUGAAACCAUUUAAUGUCAUAGCUCUUAAUUCCCCUUGAUGCAUAAUCGGCUGGGAGCUUCUUAGAUGGUAUGUGACACCAUUGAUCAACUGAUGUGUGGUCUCUAAUCGACUGAAUAUCGAUUUGCAACAAAGGUUUUAAAUCGUUUAUCCUCGUUGGUGAUAUAGCCCAAUACCACAUUACUAUCCGUCCAAAUUAUUUCACUGUUGAUGACGUAGUCGAUUUUUCGAUUUAUCAUUUGCGACAUAUUUACUGAUAAAACGGCGGCGGUUAGCUUUAAACGAGGUAUUGUCACAUAUUUGAGAGGGGCUACUUUGGAUUUUCCAAUAAUGAAACUACAAUGAAUCCUUCCAUUUUUGUAGACCAUACUCGCUAGCGUCAGAAAAAUGAUGAAUGCUGCAGUCGACUAUUUUUUCGAAAUAGUUGGCUUGAAACAUCGUGGAACUUCAAUUUGUUUAAGGUUGUUUAGUUGAGUUGUCCAAAUUUUCCAAUGUUCGCCUACUUCGUGGGAAACAACCUCGUCCCAGUCCAAUUUAUGUUGGCAAGUAAUUUGGAUGACGCGCUUUCCUUCCAAAAUGAAUGGUGCUGCGAAACCUAAAGGAUCAUAUAUAGAGCAUAAAACAGAUAACAUUGUUCAGUAAAAUUCGGAAUCCGAAUUUGUCCUUUAUAAAAUUCCAACGAAUACCCAAGGCCCUUUCUUCUCGAUUACCUUCUUGCACCAAAUGGAGAUUUGCCACACUUUUUCUGUUGGGGGUUAGAAACGAACUUUGUAAGGUUGAAGCCACCAGCUCUACAUAUUGCGAUCACCCGAAGCAACAGAUCGGAUUUACCAUUUGGCAUGGAUUUUAACAGGUCGUCGACAUAAAAAUUUCUCUUUAGCACAGUUUCAGCGUCUUUACCAAAUGUAAUGGAGUUAUCCACAGCAGUUCUUUUUAACACGUAGUUACUGCAGCCUGGUGAGGAAGCGGCACCAAAUACGUGUACACACAUUUCAUGAUCAAUAACUUCCUUGUUUAAGCCGUUGUCAUGCCACUACAGAUAUCGUAGCAUGCUUCAUAGGAAUCUGCCACACGGACUUGGUAGAACAUCUUUUUUAUAUCGGCUGUAAAAGCUACAGUUUCUUCCCGAAAUCUCAACAACACACCGAUCAGCUGAUUCGUUAAGUCUGGACCACUAUUAAGGUUUUAAACUGCAAUCUAAAACAACUCGUACCUUAUUCGGUUUGUUAACGUUUUAUACUCCGUGAUGAGGUAUAUACCAGAUCUUUUCUUCCGCUGCAGUUAUACCUGAGAUUUUGGCGUAUUUCUUUUUGAUGAAUUCGUCCAUAAAGAUUUUGUAAUAAUGGAAAUGUUUCUCAUCUUUUUUAAAUCGUUUCUUCAAUUGCUCCUGUCUGCAAUUUUGCGAUUAUUUGGAAGAACAAUAUUUGUUUCUUUCAACGGUAGGGGUAAUUUGUUGUGACCGUUCUCCUUGACAGCUUUUGAGUCCAUCUUUUUCAAGAUCUUUCUUUCCUUGAUUGAAAUUUCAUCUUGUAUGGCUGCGACUGGUUAUGUGUGGUGUUCCAAAGAAGGCUCAGAAAAAUCUAUGUUGUACAUCAACUGCAGCAUCUCUGGGAUUCCCACAUCUUUCACUUUUGAUGAGCUCACAAAACAAUGCUUGGCAUUGUCAAAUACAGUGUUGUGGUGUUGUAAGAUGAUCUCAUUGCAAUGUAUCUCCGUUGAUAACUUUGUUUGGAGUGAUUCCACUACGCACCAUCCUAAGACUGUCUUAAAUGCAUAUGGCCCAUUUUGUUGGCUUGGUAUGACUUUUUUUUUAGUUCAAGUGCUUUAGGACAAUCAGCUUCAAAUAAAAGUCGAACUUCUCCCUUAUCUGUUUUGCUCCAUUCAUUUUCGCUUGUAUAAAGGUAUUGCCACGCUUGCAGUUUUCUGGGUGUGACGACCUCUUCUGAAUUUACAGGCAGUUCUUUCUAAGAGUAUAAUCUCGACAAAGUAAUCCAGGUUUCCUUAAAAUUAGGCGAAGAUGACGCCUGGAUGUUCUUGGUGAUCCUCGAAUGCAAUGUUUGUUCACCAUUGAGGGUCUUCACGGUAAUUUUCGUAGUUGGUCCUGUGAUUUCAAGUUUUUGCAGCAAACUAUCUUUUAUGAAGGUUCCCUGGCUACAGCUGUGUAACAUUGCGAAUGUCGAUAUUUCCUUUGAUGAAUCAUGGUGUCUUAUCUUUACCGGAACGAUACAAAUGGUGACGUUGUCCGUAACUCCGGUUGCUAGGUUUUGCAAUGGUAUAUCUGACUCUGUCUGUGUAGCUGACUCCGUUUUUCUCUUACUGCGAUAUCCAUGUAGUCCUGUGGGAUGGCGUUUGUCACAUAUUUUGCAAACUUUACGAUUGGUGCAGUUCCUGGCGUUAUGCGACGAAGUCAUACGGUCGUAACACCCAUAGCAUAAGUUUUUCUCUGAAACCAAUUUGUUUCUUUCUUCCAACGAUUUUGAAAGAAACGCAGGACAAUCAUCAAGGUCGUGUUUACCCUUGCAGUCAGGACACAAAUUGACAUUGGAAUCCUUCAUCACAGCUCCUGUUGCAUAAUUUUGAAGUUUUCUUUUCCUUUUAUCCCAAUUUUUUUCUAUCGAUUGCCUAGAGAAUUAGUGGUGGUCAACUUGUCAUCCCGUGUGCACAGACUUGUUAGAAGCAAACUUUCGAUUAAAAUGGAUUCAUUAGGUGGCGAAUAUGCAAAAAAAAACCAUGAUGGCAUUUUUGGACACGCCCCGAAGUGAAAAUUGUUGAUGUCAGCAGUUUUACAACCAAUAAAAUAAAAAAAUCAACUUUUUUUAAAAAUUUUGAUUCUAAUCAAUAGAUAAUUUCAAUCGGAACAAAAAAUGUAUAAGAACUAUAUGUUCAAAAUGUACGGUUCUCAAGUUAUAGUUUUCAGUUAUGUAAAAUACAGACCGGAAAUUCGCAGACCAGUAUCUUAAAUCUGCAAUAACUCGAUGACAGGUGAUUAAAGCUUCAAACUUGGUACCUUGGUAGAUCUUCUCAAUUGCUCCCCUUAUGGGAAAUCAGAGUUUCAUGGCACUGGGCAUAUUGUGUUUCAAACAUUAGAUCUAACUAUGCAAAAGGCAAAUUUAAAGAUAACGUCAAAGCAUGAAGUUUACUAAGCAAAUUUUACCAUGGGAGAUGUUGCAUAAAAACCCUGCUCUGCCAAAUGAAAGCUUUCCUAGCUUUGAUGGAAUGGUAUCAUGCGACGAAUUAUAAUUAUACAGGUACAAGAAUGGAAUAGAGCAUAUUGUCAGAUAUUCAGGAGUGAUAAUAAAUGGUAUUCUUCCAAUGUGGACAGCCUACAACUCCUUACUUAAUAAAAGUGGUGUUGUCACAAGUUGUCAAGGUUUGCCAUUCUUACCAAAAGAUUGGUCAACUAUGUAUUCUGCGCUAAAGAUGGUUCAGGGUAUUACCGUUAAAGUCACUGAGAAUCAUUACUUUUGACUUACAAUGCAUGCAACUGAGGAACAACACUAAAAUUAAAAGUAACUUUGUGUUUCGACCAGGAGAAUUGCAAUGUUGAAGGUCUUAGGGAAAUACAUUGAUGGCGGCGGACUGGAUAAGUUAUUCACAGAAGCAGGAUUAUAUGGUAGCACUACCAUGGGACUUAUUUAAAAGGAAAGCAUAUGAAAAUAUGCGUGGAAGCACAUAUGACACGUAUAUAUUUCAUUGGUUGGUACAAAAAACAUUAAGACGAUAUUUCUGUAGAUGUUAAUGAAAUACAACAACACUCACUUAUCAGGUUUUCCUACUCACACUUCUCAAAAUACUGAGAGAUAAAAAAUAUCAGUGAUCAAGUAUUUCAGAACAUGGAAGAUUCGAAAAUCUUACAGAGAAAAGUUACAGAGCUUUGGUGACUCCCUUACUCACCAAGAUAAAUUUCUGAGAAAUUAUAUGAACAUGUGUGAAUGCCUUCUUCUUUUCAUACGCUCAUCAAGACAGAGACAUUGGAAUUUUCAUCUUUUUUCCUUAAACACAUUUGUAAAAUACUUCUUUGCACACGAUCAAAUUCAUUUAGCUACAUUGACACCACUAUACCUGGCUAACAUGUUAAAUUGUAAAUUAAAAGGUAUUUGAUAUUUGAUCGCUGCAUGCAGGAAUCAUUAUAAGCUUAUACACAGAGCAAACGUACAUCUGGACACUAGAUUCGCUACCAAAUUGGAGAAAUGACUAACAUUGCAAAUAUUCCAUUAAAACCAUUGUUUUCUCAUAUUAAUACCAAGCAAGACCUAACAGUCUAUCUUCCCAACUAUCUUAAGUGGAUAAAUUUUGGCGAAUGGCACAAAGAAAUGAAUUUUUAUGUCUCGAAAUGUUUUAUAAAAAAUAAAAAUAAACGUAUAUAUAAACACAAGAUUUGAUAUAGAGUUAAAAAUUUCUAUUCUUCGUCAUCGCUUGUUGUGAUUAUAAAAAAAAGUUCGUUUUUGGGUGAAGAAAACAUUCUUUUCUUAAUUAACAUUUUUUUUCAAUUUGACGGGGAUUUAAUUUUGGAACGGUAAGUUAUGUUCAAUUAGGCGAGUAUUUAAUAUGGCGAAUAGUCAGUUAUCAAAAUUUUGGCGGGUAUUUAAUUUGGCGAAUUUUGUCCAAAUUCGCCAAAUUUAAUCCUGCCAAAAUUUAUUCACUUAAGGUAUACUGUUACAGCUCUAGAAAUAAUAAAACAGGGAUAUGCUGUUACCUAUAGCACUAUCAAUAAAACGAAUAUUAACCAUCUCUCUGUGGAGAUGAUGCAACAUGAUCAUGAAGAAGCUGAUACGCUGUUGGCACAUAUCAAGAUCUGACCCAUUCACAGAGUGUAUUGUAUAUUCUCCAGACACUGACGUUUUUCUGUUGUUGAUUUAUCACUUUCAAUCUCUACCUCAGUGCUUGGUAUUUCUUACUAGUGAAGGUAAAACAUUUCGUCACAUCUCUGUUGGAAACUGCUUUGAAGCUCUUGGUGCAGAUAAAGGAAACGCACUGCUAGGAUUCCACACCCUCACUGAAUGCGACCAAUCUAGAAGGUUUAGUGGAAAAUCAAAAUCGUUUUGAUGGAAAUAGUUUCUAGAUGCUGAUGAUGAUUAUAUUGAAUGCACUGUCGGACCUAGGUGCUUGGGAUUGUUAUAUCAUACAGUGGUGAAAAGCGACCAGAAAGUAUUGUGACGAUUCCUCAGCUUCGAUCGUACCUGUUUUCGAAAUUGCAACUUGAAGCUGAUAUAUAAUGCUGGUACGUCCCCAGGUUUUAUGGGCGCCCAGUUCUUGAUUUCUCUCCGAUAGGCAGACACCAUUCUGUAAGGAUCUCCGUACCUCUGCCGUAGAAGCAUUUUUGCAUUUUGGUAUCCUGUGGAGGUCGACUGAUGAAUGCAAUGUUGGAUGAGUUCCUUUGCUUCGCUCUUCGUGUACUUAAUAAGACGGGUUAGCCUUUCUCUGUUGUCUGAAACGUUGUUUUCUACUACUUUGGACAAAGCUAUGAAGAAGUAGUGAUAAUUUAACGGAUCUCCCUGAAAGCAUUCGAUGUCGACAUCCGGAACAGACUGUUGCUUUAGUAGUUUGCAUAGCAUCAAACCAACAUCAGAUCUCGAGUCUUCUUUUCCAUUGAAGAUUUUAGUGCUACAUAAUGGUUUGAAGGUUCCUUGGAGAAUGGUCCGGAUGUCUUCCUGAAAGUGACAUUUUUUGGUCAUGUCCUGUCCAUUUUUUUUUGUCCUCUCUAUCCUUUACGGAUGAAUCGUAAUAUUUAGCACUUUCGGUUUGUCGAAUGGCCUUUUCGUAAGAAUGUCGUGUUGGUAAAUUAGAACGAUAAUUUGAAGUCUCGUAAUAUAGAGAAUAAAAUGGAUCUGGCUAUUCGUGGUGCAACGGAUCGUUUCUUAAUGAUUUUUCGCUGUGGUGAUCUCCUGGUACCGUUGCUGACAAUGCAUCUUCGUUUUCGUAUACUUGGAUCCUCGCCUGUGCUUUUGCCAUUUCCUCUUCCCACAUAAGUCUCAACCUUUUGCUCCAUAAUCUGUCGAUACUGCCUGAAUGAUGCUUGUGCGGUCAACUCAGCAAUUUUGACCUUUUUAUCUAUGACAAAUUAAUGAUGUAUUUUAUGCGUUCGAUCGAUAUUGUUCGGUCCGUUUAAUCCAAUUUUUUACUUUAUGUUUGAAUAAUAGGACCCUUUCUUCUAAGUUUUCAAAGUGUUCUUGUUCCUGUUCAAAAGUAUCUGGUUGCAAUUUGGCUGAUAGUAGCUCCCAAUAAGACGAAUGAACUGCUUCAAACAACGCGAAGGAUUCUUCUAGCUGUCUCAAUUGUUCGAUGACAGUGAUACGGUUAUAAAUUAACGGUAACAUGCUAUCUAUGGACGCUAUCAGUUUGUUAAUUCUCUUUUUAGCUCUUUUCUUCUGUUCCCAGAGGAUUUGUGAUUGAUAAUUUAAUGCCUUUUCGGUAAGUUUCUUGUGUCUCUUCUUUAGAAGAUUUUCUUGCUCCUUACAUUCAACAUCACGCAGGCGUACUCCGGAGAUAUCGUUUUCUUUUCUGUUUUUCUUUCCGCUAUCUCCAGUCCAUGAAUUAUUUACUGGUACUGCUUCCCGUGAGGCUUGUCCAUUUACUGACAUUUUUCUCAGCAGUUCGGUAACAAUAUCUAAAUCCACUGUCGAUAGUUAAACAUACGACAACGAUCAAUAAACAGACGACAACGGUCGUUAAACAACAGACACAACGUUUCUCAAUAAACGGACGACAAAUGGUCGGUAAACAAUAGACGACAAACGGUCGAUAAAUAGACGACAAUGGUCGAUAAACAACAGACGGCAACGUUCUCAAUACACAGAUGACGAACGGUCGGUUAUCAACAGACGAGAAACGGUCGAUGAAUAUUGCUACUACGGCCGGUAAAUAAGGCGGGAUUGCGAACUGGAUAUAUUUUUCGCUUAAAACAAAAUUGCUAUACAAAAAAUCCACAGAGGACAACAGUUACACACAAGGAAAAGAACACGUAAACAAAAAUAAAUAAACCAACGCCUAAGUCUAUCGGCAACAGACAAUAUAACAAAUAAAACAAAUACAUCUUACUAGCAAUAUUUUUAUCGUAAUUGGCCAGCAGUAAAAUUCUUGAAUCUUUCCAACUCUUUCUGUCCUUUUUUACAACACGAAGAGAAAAUUCUUAACCUCGAUCUCUCCGUAGACUUCCUUUAGCACACUGGCUAUACACAAAAGUAACUCAAACACAAACUAAAAAUUACUAAAACGCCCCUAGGGGCUCAACGGACCAUAUAAAAAAUGUUUGCAUAAUUAGCAUAAAUGUGAUAAUGUCGAGACCCCUACAAGAUGUAUAUAUAUACAAAAAAGGUUAAUGCAACAAAAUAUAAACUACCAAACGUAAUUUUAACAAACAAAUGAAUGUGUAAUGUAAAUAUAUCUAAUUUGUGUAAAAAUUAGUGUAACCCAAAAGUUUAUUUAUAAACUGCAAGUUUAAAAUUUUUCUCAAAGUCAGCAAAUGUUCCCAUGUGCUUUACAGGUAGUGUGAUUUCCCUAGGCCAAGAAUGUACUACAGGGAAACACACUGUGUGGGUUGGAUUAACCUUGUAGCAAUCAUGGUUAAAACGAACAGUGACCUCUAAGUGUUUACCACCUAAGGGCUUGUGACUUUGCCCUAUCAUCCAUUUUAGGAUCCCAGCGGGUGAUAAAUCUGCAAACAAUUCUUUUUUCUCACCAUCCGUAUCAUCACUAUCAUAAGUCAUUUGCUCACUGGGACCUGUAUUUUGUUCAUCCUCUAACAUGUUCAAGAAAUCUUGAAAAUUAUCGAAAACAUGUUCCUCCACCACUCUUGUGGAGCAUGCCUUUGAUGAGAGUUGAGGUUUUAGUAUAGAAAAUACAUAGUUUGAAUCAACUGAGUUGUUACGUUCUUCCAGUGUAAAUAAAGUUUUUAAUAGAUCGCGGAUUGACCAUAAAUAUUCACUUAUCCUUAAAGUAUUUAAGCCCUCUAAGAAUUGAUUGAGGUAGGUAAUUCUCCUUGUAGUUAUUCCAAUGAUUACAGUGGAAAUAAUACUCUCAAUGUUUUCUCUCUUUACUAACCCUGUAUCCAUUCUCAAUGAUCACAUCAGUUUCUGAUUGACAAUAUUCUUUUGAAUAGCUCUGCUUCGGCAGGAAUACAAUGCUUUUCAAAUGACAAAUCGUUCAGAUUAAUGUUUUUACUUUCCAACGAUAAAUCGAACAUUUUAGGAUGUAACAGUAGGGGUGGAGGUCCUCCUUGAACAAUUGAUACAGCACAAGUUUAGCCACACGUACGAAAACUCUCGUUUUGAAUCUCAAGCAUCAAGUCACGUGGAACUCUAUUUUUGAAUAUGCUUCCUCGCAUUCAAUCCAAAACAUUUGUUACGACUCACGGCUAAAGCUUUGGGGAGACGAUGCUAUAUUUUCAUUCGCAUGCAAUGCGAUUUUGUUGCAUUGCAUGCGAAUGAAAAAAUCGCAUCAUAGAGCCGGGUAAAAUGAUGGGAUUUUUUUCGUGCAAGUCGACUAAAUUCGUCAAAAAAUUGUUGCACGAAAUCAAAUCGAUUUAAUUUCUUGCUACAUUUUUUUGAAUGUUUCAGACAACAUGCAGCAAAGUUUCAGGUUGUUGCUUCGUCUCCCAUGGUUUGCAACAUUUUUUUUGCUGCAUGAUGAUAAUCUACCAAACAGAAUACGGUAUUUUCUCGCAUUAUUUUCUGGAUAAUGCUGAGUAAUCUUAACGGAAAGUUCAUAGUACAAGAAUUGUUGUUGUUGUGUGGAAGAAAAGUUGAAAAAUGAACGAGCAAGAAAAACGAUAACUUAUAAACUUUUAUCGAGAAAAUCCAUUACUGUGGAAAAAUUACGAUCCAGAUCACAACAAUAAACAAAAAAGAUCAGCAGUACGUGCAUGUGCAGAGAGAUCAAAAAGGAGAAUGGAAAUGACCCACCUAAGAAAAAAUAGAGAUUUUAUGAAGAGAUGAUAUUUUUGAAGGAGAAAAUUUCUACGCCGAAAAAAAAGCUCAAUUUUGAAGCAGCUGAUAUUGAGACAUUAAUUAAUUACUAUCAGUUAAAUCCUCCUUUGUGGAAUCAUAAUCUUGUAGAAUACAGGGAUCGUGUUCUACGAGAUGCCGUUUUUAAUAAAUGUGUAGAAGAAUUAGAUGACAGAUACAGCAAGGAUGAAAUCAAACAACAAUGGAACAACUUGGUAACAACCUAAAAAAGAGAGUAUAUAAGGCAAGAAGCAUCAAAGUCUAGUGGAUCUGGAACAAGGGAUGUGCAUGUUUUCAAUUAGGAGUAUUUCAAUAACAUGACCUUUAUCGAAGCAACAUGUAACGUGAACGAGUCGUUUAACACAAUUGGUGAUUCUAUUGGAACUCCUUCAUCAAAGCAAAAAAAGGAAUCAAAAUCAGACAGAAUCAGUGCAGAACAAAAUGCAAAACUGGAAGUGUGGAAGGCUCUUGCAACUUCAUUAUCCCAGCUGCCUGUACUGCACGUGAAGCAGAAAACCGAUCAACACAACGCGAGCCUGAUCUUCGUGAUAGAGCGCAGUUAUUUGGCCGAACUGUAGUUGAUAGCCUGAUGCAGUGGUACAGUAACGAUUGGUAUAUGUUGAAGAACAGAAUGAUGGAUAUCUUCUCCGAUUAUCAACAUCAGAGAAGAAACAAUACUGGAUUUACUUUUCCUAUGUAUUCUCAAAUCACCCCAAUCCCACCUAUUCAACCACCUCAACAUCAAAACUACUCAAGUAUGUUGCAGUUCAGCCAGCUUCCAUAUUAAUCGUUUCACGGAAGUAACCAUUCAAAUGAAUCAUACACAAGUUGAAAAUCUCUCGAAAACGAACAUAUAAAGAAUGUAUAUCUCUUGUUGUACAUAUAACUUACAUGUGUUAUUACUAUUUGUUUCACUUAUAUAUCUACUUUUGCACAUUUCCAUUGCCAGGGAACACAGCCUUCCUGCGUAAAGUAUUCUGUGAAUUCUUUGUUAUCUCAUUGGCCUGAUUGCUUGCAUGAUUACCACGACUUGUAGCCAAAGGCAUCCACGUAUCUUUAAUUUCAUCCGAUCUCCAAGCACUUUCUAUCAUUGUACCAUUUUCAACAUCCUCACGAUCGGCGAGUCCGUUAGGAAUAUGCUCUUUUCCAGCAUCUGUGUUAUGCCUCAACCAGUUGUAAAGGCUAUGGUAGCAACUGUUAUCUUCCUAACUUUAUCUGGCUCUAUUAAGAAUGGACGACGAAAGACACGCCAGCGAUUUUCAAGUAUUCCAAAAGCGCUUUCAGAAAUUCUUCGAAAUUCUUGACAAGCGAUCCCAUCUAUAGCACCAAUUCUGUUCGAAAAAUUCUAACGUAAUAAGAAUUUUUUCGAAAUAUCCGACCAGGCAUCUUCAGUGUUUGGUGUUGUCAAAUAUUCAAUACUCAGUUCUUCAAUUAUUGCCAUACAUACGUCAAGAACAAUAUUUGAUAUGGUUCUUUUGCCUAUUCGGAAUUGAAAUUCUAAUGAACGAAACGAUUCUCCACUAGCAAGAUAACGCAAUGUAAGACAGCACAUUUCUUCCGGUUUUAUGCACUCACACAUAUUUGUAUCCAGUUUAUUUAUAUGUUUGUAGACCUUCUGUAACAACAAUUCAAAUUGCGUUCUAUCCAACCUAGAUAGUUCUUGAAGGCUAUAUUAUCUAGCUUUAAGUUAGUGAUUAAAGUAUGAAACGCACCAUAUCGUUGUCUUUUUACGAUCCAUGGUCGAGUCCAUAUUCUAUUUCUUCUUUUUUCUUCCUCAUCUUUCUCGUCAAGUAACAACGCUAUGAUAGCUGCUCUUUGCACAGCCAUAUUGAGUUUGUGAGUGAAGAAAGUGAUAACUUUGUUGCAUAUAAAUUGUUGCACAGGUGGCGAGACGAGAGCGACUUUUUAACCUUGCAACAAUGCAACAAAAUCGUAUUGCAUGCGAAUGAAAAAUCGCAUCGUCUCCCCAAAGCUGAAAGCUCAUUCAUCAAUACCAUUUUCACCAGCAUAUUGAACAACUAAUGCAUUAUUUACAUUGCCUUUAUUACUUUCACGCUUCUAAAGAGAAUAGCAUCUUUCAAAGCUAGAACCUCGUGUAACAACUGUUUUCCUUUUACGACAUGUGUUUCCAACUCUGACAGCAAAGAAGGCAGUGAAAAGACUAAAUCUUGAGGCUCUAGACUUGGAAAUUCGUUUAAAUAUUUUUCUUGUAGUUUCUUUGCAUACAGUUCAUCUGCCAACACAUUCUCUGAUUUAUUAUUUUUUGAUGAAUUUAACAUAGCUAAGACAUACAAUUAAUUGUAAAUAAAUGACAUAGUAUUUGAAAGCUAAAAAGACAAUUGCAUAUUUUUUAAUAACAGACUUCUCUAAUACAUCUAAUUUCUGGGGUUUUAGACACAAAUAUGACCAGUACACUGAUGGUAUAGCUAGCUAGAGCUUGUGUGAGCAAGUGUGAGUUGGGUAGUUGCAUUUUUUUGAUAUUACAUUAAAUCUCCACACUUAGAAAUUUCUACAUUAAAAACUAGUUGGAUGUAGUACAUACCUGAUGACUGUAGAGUUUGUGUUUUAACUGUAAGAUCAGCAACAUCUUGCCCCUAGUGGAUUUGUAUAUUUAAAAAUUUAAACAUAAUCGUUUAUAUAUACACGUAUACAGACGUAACCUAGCAAGCUUUUAGUCAUAAUAAAUGCUUACUUUGACAACAGGAUACACACAACUUUGCAGCAACAUGCACUUGUGCUCCACAUUAAUCACAAAACAAUAUCUUGCCGUCAACCAUCGUUUUACGCAUUCCCGCACGCGACAUUUGCCGUCCCUUUUUCAUGAUUUUCUUUUUCUUAUUAAAUAUUUUUCUUAU